AUGUCACAAUCCCACGCUCUCUCGGACGACCAGGUCGGCCAGGAGCUGAAGAAGAUGACAGCCUUCAUCAAGCAAGAAGCCAUGGAGAAAGGCCGUGAAAUCGAGAUAAAAGCCGACGAAGAAUUCGCCAUCGAGAAGUCCAAGCUUGUCCGCCAGGAAACCGCCGCCAUCGACACAACAUACGAGAAGAAGUUCAAGACAGCCCAGAUGUCGCAGCAGAUCACGCGCUCAACUGUUGCCAACAAGACACGCCUAAAGGUUCUCUCUGCCCGCCAGGAGCUCCUCGAUACUAUUUUUGAAGCUGCGCAGAAGAAGUUGGGAGAGCAGACGAAGGACAAGGGAAAGUAUCAGACUGUUUUGAAGGGGUUACUGCUAGAGGGUUUCUAUGCGUUGAAUGAGGAGAAGUUAGUGGUUAGGGCGAGGAAGGCGGAUAAGGAUGUGGUUGGGAAGGCAAUUAAGGAUGCCGAGAAGGAGUAUAAGGAGAAGACGAAGAAGGAUAUCAGUGCGAGCAUUGAUGAGUCGAAUCCGUUGCCUGAUGGAUGCACCGGAGGUGUCUCGAUUGUUGGCGGCAAUGGCAAGAUUGAAAUCACCAAUACCUUUGACGAGCGGCUGAAGCUGCUAGAGGACGUGGCUCUGCCCUCUAUCCGAACCAAGCUGUUCGGACCCAACGAGAACAGGAAGUUCUAUGAAUAG